AUGUCACCCCUAACCCAUUCUAUCACGAGUUGGGAUACAAGGAUGGAGUCCAUUCUAUCAUGCCUUAGAUCAGUUGUCAAGGUUAGUUUGGUUUGGAGGGCAAUCCAGCUUAGGUUCUACUCCAUGGGGAACAUAUUAGCUUUAUGUUUGGAAAAGUGUAGUGAAACUUUUGUAUGGUUCAAGUCUCAGCUGGAACCAUUUUUCAAGUUUCUUUCUUCCAAGUUUGAUGAGUUAGUUAACAAUAUUAGACGUUUUUUCGACAACAUUGCUCAAGAAUGCAAGGAAGUGAUUGGUGAAUUGAAGAAAAUGAUCGGCGAAACAAUGAAGAGUACAAUUAAACUUGCAAAAAGCUUCUGCACUUCAGUGACAGAAGGGAUGCUGAAAACUAUCACAGAAGUGAAAAAUGCAAUGCAUUGUCUGAUUGAUCGUCUUGGUGAAGUAGUGAAAGAGGUCUAUAACAAUGUCAAGGGAUUUUCAGGAACUUCCAAACAAGCAGCGAGGAAGAUGGCUGAACAGUUGAACCUUGAUUUCCUUUUAGAAAAUGAAGGGCUUCUGUUUAUGAUUUUUGAGCUGCUCAUCAUUUCACUAAUUCCAUUACAGAGCGAGUCCAUCAUGGGCAACAUAAUAGCUUCAGCUUUUCAGAAAGUCAGGGAUGCAUUUGGAUGGGUGAAAGACAAGGUUGUAUCUUUUUUCAAGUUCCUGUACGACAAGAUUUGUGAAGCUCUUGGCUAUGUUAAGCGCUCGUUGAAAAGUUUUGGAGGUGCUAAGGGGGAUGAAAAGUUUAAGGGAUAUUACAGUAACACUUGUUUUAAUGAUCGUGAGCUUGAUUGUCUUGCUGAUGUUAUUGGAAGCUGGCUUUGCCCCUCUGAAAAUGAAGCUGCUCCUGAGAAGUUUAAGUCUUCCGGCACUGACCAUUCUUUCGAUAUUCCAGAGCUUAAUUUCCUUAUAUCUCUGUUGGAAGUGGCAUUGCACCAAUUUGAUUUGAAUGCUUGA